UGCCUUUGUACCUCAGCAAGGACCAGAACCAUGAUGUGGAUGUGGAAGCAUGGACCCAUGAAUAUGGGAUGAGGCGCUAUGGAUUAUCCAUGGGAUCUGACAUUCAUGACUGGCACUCUGUCACUGGCCGCAGCAAUUCUACAUGGACGAGUCUCAUUGAGUCUGUGUACACUGCACAUUUGAGCCUCCCACCACAUGGUCAUCCAGUGAUUGCAAAGAGGCCCCAUUUGAACCUGGAACCAUUUGUAUGGUACAACAAGAGCCAGAUUUGGAGUGCCUGGGAGAACCUAGUGUUGCUGGGGUUAGAGUUGGAGCUGCAAGGAAACACUUUAACACCUGGGCUCAAGGAGGAUAUUGUUGACAUUGGCAGACAGUGUCUAGAGGUUCAGUUUGAUGAGUUGUAUGUCAGGCUCCUUGAAAGAUUCAAGAAGAAGGAUGUCAACAAGGUCUUAGGGUUAGGAGGACUUUUGAUGGACACACUUGUGGAUUUGGAUAAUUUACUUGGCACUCACAAAAGUUUCCUGCUUGGUCAGUGGUUGCAGGGGGCUCAAAGAAGUGCCUUUGAUCCAAAAGAUGAAGAGAACCUGAGAUUCAAUGCCAUGAAUCAAAUAACCUGGUGGGGACCAAAUGCAGAAAUUCUCGACUACGCUUUCAAGCAAUGGUCUGGUGUGAUCUCUGAUUAUGUGUUACCGAGAUGGAGUGCCUUUAUUCAGUACCUGGUCACCAGCAUUGUCACUCAGCACAAGUACAGUCAGGCUGAAUUUGAUGCCCUUUCUGCAGCAGUGGAAGAGGAAUUCAUCACCUCUUCUAAAUAUUAUUCAGCAAAAGCAAAAGGAGGACUUUUGAUGGACACACUUGUGGAUUUGGAUAAUUUACUUGGCACUCACAAAAGUUUCCUGCUUGGUCAGUGGUUGCAGGGGGCUCAAAGAAGUGCCUUUGAUCCAAAAGAUGAAGAGAACCUGAGAUUCAAUGCCAUGAAUCAAAUAACCUGGUGGGGACCAAAUGCAGAAAUUCUCGACUACGCUUUCAAGCAAUGGUCUGGUGUGAUCUCUGAUUAUGUGUUACCGAGAUGGAGUGCCUUUAUUCAGUACCUGGUCACCAGCAUUGUCACUCAGCACAAGUACAGUCAGGCUGAAUUUGAUGCCCUUUCUGCAGCAGUGGAAGAGGAAUUCAUCACCUCUUCUAAAUAUUAUUCAGCAAAAGCAAAAGGUGAUGUUUUGGAAACAGCUCAAAAAUUGUUCAAGAAGUGGAGCAUCAUAAAUUUCUGAAGUGCCUACUUUUGGACGAAUGCUUGAGAGAACUGGAAGUUGUUGCUCAUUAUGUUUCUAUCGGGAAUAUGGAAGAAGCCCCUUUCGAAAGAUGUUUCUUCUGACACAAAGGUAUCAAUUACUGCAAUAUUCUGUGAUCUAUCUUGAGGCAAUGGAGUGAAAGCAAAUCGUUGGCAUUUUGAAGUUAUUUUUUGUUGGUUGGUGAAAUAUUGCAAAUUUGACUCUUUCAAGUUUUGAAUUGCCUUGGUUGAAAGAAUCGGGAAAUGUGAACUUUGGUCCUGUUCAGCAACAUAUCUUUGCAUGGUUGCACUCAAUUGAUUGAAAUACACGUUCCACUUUAUGAAAUGGAAAA